GUACGUGUUUUGGUGUCGGUUGUGUGCGUUUUAGUGCAUUGAUGAGAUAUUUUAGGUAAUGUGGGAGUAAAAUGAUCGGCCCCGUGAAGGCGAGCGUGGUGGCCUGCGCCUGCUGCUGCUGCUGCUGCCCACGAGGAGCGGAGCGGCAGCAGCAGCCAGAUGAUGAUGAGCUGUGGUGGUGGAAGGUUCCGCGCGUGGCUCCUCCAUCCCUCCCUCCUACACCGCUAAUAAGUCAUAAUUUCGAAGCCAGUGGGUGAUAUUAGGAGCAUGUCGCACGGCUAUGAAACGCAGUGUGCUACCCGGUGCACCGAGACGUAACUUGGGAGUGCUCGAAGCCAAGUUGGAAGUUGUGAAAGUCUGCCGGAAAAGGCGAUUUUCUUGUGUGCGUGUUGGUCGGAGUGUUAAACCCGCCGCGGCCCCGCCACCUGGUGCCUCCGAGCCAGACACCGCUCACGCCCCUGCGAUAUGUGCUUACGACCCCCGGACCCGUCUGACCCACGAGUAUGAAUCCUGAUUAGUGUCCUCCUUCGGUUCGAGACAGAAAAUCCUCAGGUUCGGAUCAUGUGUAGUGAAGCGGGUCUCGCCGUGGACUCGUGCAGCAAGUCAGCGGGGCAGCAGCAUGCCGGGCCCCGCGAGGCAGCCCCCGAGGCCGGCCGGAGCCCCGUGGAGGAGGUGUGGAAGCAGACGCAGCGGAUGAUGGAGGAGUCCGAGCACCUCGUCAGGAUCAUGACCCACGUCUGUUCGCAGCGGCUCUCCGGCGUCCGCAGCUCCGUCGCCCAGUACUCACAAGGUUGUUGGCGACGAUGCAGUGUGAACGACGCCGAGGACGACAGACGAGGCCCCCAGCAGCAGCAGCAGCACACGACGUGUUGUGAGGGGUGCAUGAGCCCCUGCAGGACCCAGCCGCAGGCGGGGGUGCAGCAGCAGCAGCAGCAGCAGCGACAGAAGAAGCAGGGGGAGGAAGAGCCGUGCCGAUGUCGGGGUCCAGGGCCUCGGUGGCGGCGGCGGCGGGGCGGGUGUCAGUGUGGGCAGUGUGAGGACUGUAUCAGUAUGGACACCCGGGGGGGCACGACCCUUCCCCCCGCCCAACAGUGUUGCUGCCCCGCCCACACCACCACCACCACCACCACGCCCAAGUCGCCCCCCACCACCUCCACCAUCACUCAAGCCACCCUGCCCUCCACCACCUCCACCUCCAGCACCUCCACACCGGCGCGCAGGUGGAGGAGUGGCCUGCCCUCCCCCCCUUCGAUACUCACCGUGCUCCUACUACUAGUCGCCGCCCUGGCCAGGUUCACAGGUCAGUAAGCCACGUUGCCUCAC